AUGAGUGAACCAAUUUCCUUGAGAGGAAGAAAUGGGUUCUUGGGAAAUUUGACCGAAAGAGUGGUUCACCAUAUGAAGAAAGUCCUGGACUCACAGGAAUCUCCAUUUUACUGGAUUUUAACUAUCCUGUGUAUGAUUUCGACAUGGUCAGAUUCCUUCUUUCUGUACAGCUUCAAGAUCGACAAUCUUAAAAAUUGUCUUGAACUCGAAAAACGUGCAGCAAUUGAAGCCACUGUUUUCCGCAGUGUUUUUGAUUUCUUGAUUAUUUUUCUUUGUGUACGCGAAAGAGGAAGGGAAGGAGACACUGUGCUUACAAGGCAAAAACCGCUGUAUUUCUGGGUUGAUGUCAUCUUCAGUAAUUUGCCACUACCACAGCUGGUGGUUUCGUUUAUGAUUGCCGGCAUGAGAAGUUGGACACCCUUACAUGCAUUCCGGAUCUUGAAAUAUGUUAUUAUUUUCCAGUACCUACCUAGGUUUUUAAGAAUUUAUAGGUUUUAUAGACAAGCUGAAAGUGCUGAAGGCAUCCUUACUCAAAAUAUAUGGGUAAAUGCUUCAUGUUGUUUCCUAAUUUACCCGCUUGAUGGUCAUAUGCUUGGAGCCUUGUGCUAUCUAUUGGCUGUUGAAAGAUUAAUUCAAUGUUGGCGUAUAGCUGGAACCACUAUCAUUUGCUCUAUGAUAGUAGAUGCAACAGUUUUUGAUUUUGGAAUGUUUCAAGAGGUCAUUCUCUCUGGUGUUUUGGAGAAAGAUUUAAUGACAAAGUUUAUGUUUUGUUUUCACUGGGGCUUGCAGACUAUAAGAUCCUUGGGUGGGAACUUCAAUACAAGUACAGAUGCUUGGGAAAACUUAUUUGCAGUUUUCAUUAAUCUGUUUUGCGUCAUAUUCAUCAAUGUACUUGUGCUGGGAAAAGUGCAGGUGAAUGCGUUUGAAGGAUUCGAAGAACAAAUUUUAAAAGAAAUGUGUGACCAUCUUAAGCCAGUAUUGUAUGCAGAAGGAAGUUAUAUUGUUAGAAAAGACGAGAGAAUCAAGGCGAUGCUCUUCAUCAUACACGGCACAAUACUAUCUACCAUGACUGAAGAUGAUAGUUCCUUUGUGGCUGAGGAAUACAGUGAUGGUGAAUAUUGGGGUGAAGAAAUUGCAAUAUCUUGUUCGCAUCCUCAUUUGAAUUGGGAACCCAUGUCAAAAGGAAAUGUUAGAGCUGCUACUAAAGUUCAAGCCUUUGCUCUAGAGUUGGAUGACCUGAAGAAGGCUUUAGAAAAACAUAAGUAA